AUGAAGGUGAAGAUGGAUGUGCUGGGUGUGAUUCCUCAUGUCUCCAUUGUCAAAGAGGGAGAGGAGCAGGUCAAAGAGGGAGAGGAGCAGGUCAAAGAGAGAGGAGCAGGUCAAAGAGAGAGAGAGGAGCAGGUCAAAGAGAGAGAGGAGCAGGUCAAAGAGAGAGGAGCAGGUCAAAGAGAGAGAGGAGCAGGUCAAAGAGAGAGGAGCAGGUCAGAGAGAGAGAGGAGCAGGUCAAAGAGAGAGAGGAGCAGGUCAAAGAGAGAGAGGAGCAGGUCAAAGAGAGAGGAGCAGGUCAAAGAGAGAGAGGAACAGGUCAAAGAGGGAGAGGAGCAGGUCAAAGAGGGAGAGGAGCAGGUCAAAGAGAGAGGAGCAGGUCAAAGAGAGAGGAGCAGGCCAAAGAGAGAGAGGAGCAGGCCAAAGAGAGAGGAGCAGGCCAAAGAGAGAGAGGAGCAGGUCAAAGAGAGAGAGGAGCAGGUCAAAGAGAGAGGAGCAGGUCAAAGAGAGAGAGGAGCAGGUCAAAGAGAGAGGAGCAGAUCAAAGAGGGAGAGGAGCAGGUCAAAGAGGGAGAGGAGCAGGUCAAAGAGAGAGGAGCAGGUCAAAGAGAGAGAGGAGCAGGUCAAAGAGAGAGAGGAGCAGGUCAAAGAGAGAGAGGAGCAGGUCAAAGAGAGAGAGGAGCAGGUCAAAGAGAGAGGAGCAGGUCAGAGAGAGAGAGGAGCAGGUCAAAGGGAGAGAGGAGCAGGUCAAAGGGAGAGAGAGGAGCAGGUCAAAGGGAGAGAGGAGCAGGUCAAAAAGAGAGAGGAGCAGGUCAGAGAGAGAGGAGCAGGUCAAAGAGAGAGGGAGGAGCAGGUCAAAGAGAGAGAGGAGCAGGUCAAAGAGAGAGAGGAGCAGGUCAAAGAGAGAGGAGCAGAGAGAGAGGAGCAGGUCAAAAAGAGAGAGGAGCAGGUCAAAGAGAGAGAGGAGCAGGUCAAAGAGAGAGAGGAGCAGGUCAAAGAGGGAGAGGAGCAGGUCAAAGAGGGAGAGGAGCAGGUCAAAGAGAGAGAGGAGCAGGUCAAAGAGAGAGAGGAGCAGGUCAAAGAGAGAGAGGAGCAGGUCAAAGAGAGAGAGGAGCAGGUCAAAGAGAGAGAGGAGCAGGUCAAAGAGUUAGAGGAGCAGGUCAAAGAGAGAGAGAAGGAGCAGGUCAAAGAGAGAGAGGAGCAGGUCAAAGAGAGAGGAGCAGGUCAAAGAGAGAGAGGAGCAGGUCAAAGAGAGAGAGAGGAGCAGGUCAAAGAGAGAGAGGAGCAGGUCAAAGAGAGAGGAGCAGGUCAAAGAGAGAGAGGAGCAGGUCAAAGAGAGAGGAGCAGGUCAAAGAGAGAGGAGCAGGUCAAAGAGAGAGGAGCAGGUCAGAGAGAGGAGCAGGUCAAAGAGGGAGAGGAGCAGGUCAAAGAGAGAGGAGCAGAGAGAGAGGAGCAGGUCAGAGAUAGAGAGGAGCAGGUCAAAGAGGGAGAGGAGCAGGUCAAAGGGAGAGAGGAGCAGGUCAAAGGGAGAGAGGAGCAGGUCAAAGAGAGAGAGGAGCAGGUCAAAGGGAGAGAGGAGCAGGUCAAAGAGAGAGAGGAGCAGGUCAAAGGGAGAGAGGAGCAGGUCAAAGAGAGAGAGGAGCAGGUCAAAGGGAGAGAGGAGCAGGUCAAAGAGAGAGAGGAGCAGGUCAAAGAGAGAGAGGAGCAGGUCAGAGAGAGAGAGGAGCAGGUCAGAGAUAGAGAGGAGCAGGUCAAAGAGGGAGAGGAGCAGGUCAAAGGGAGAGAGGAGCAGGUCAAAGGGAGAGAGGAGCAGGUCAAAGAGAGAGAGGAGCAGGUCAAAGGGAGAGAGGAGCAGGUCAAAGAGAGAGAGGAGCAGGUCAAAGAGAGAGAGGAGCAGAUGACCUCAUUAGAAUGCGGCCCGCGGCCGGUCGGGGGAGACUUUGAUGACUUCUCCAAAAAUGCAACGGCACCAACCUCCACCACGUUCUCGAGUGCCAAAGAAGCGCCAAAAAAACGCUCCAACGGUUUUCGCUCUCAAAGUGAAGGAGAGAAGAAAACGGUGAAGAGUGAUAGGAACAUCGUGAUGUUCCUAAACAACGCCCAGGAUGAGGAACGAGCAUCUCCCAUGGAGUACUCCAGGCCGGGAAGACAAGUCCACAGGGGCCUAUGGAGGAGGCCGGGGGACAGUGGCGAAAAGACAACGGGACACCCACCUGCGUACGGCACAACCAUGCCCCAAAACAUCUGGCCCGUUGCCAAACUUAGAGCCGUCUAA